GUUUGUGAAUUGCAUGUAUUUAAAACUUACAAAAGGUUUUUUUUUUUAACUUUUUUGAGUAAAAAAAAAGUGAUGAUGUUGAAACAUUGGAGAAAAUACAUCACACUACCCGUGGCGGAUGGAAAUCGCGAGUUUCCGAGCAGCGAGGAUCGGUAGGUCACCCGGGCGGUGAUCGGCUAUCCCGACCCCGGGUGAUAGACACGCGAACGAGCAUUCACUGAGCUGCGUAGUCAGAGCUACUGCACCUGCUACAUACACAACAUACGAACAACGAGAACCACAGCAACGCUACAGAGAAUCGGCGGAUGUCGAGCUGAAACUCACGCAGAAUUUCUCCCGAUUUCCACGAUUAUCGGAUGUGCAACUACGACUCGAGAGGGGAAUCGGCAGGAUACGUUUGUGGGUUGUUGUGAUUCAGUAUGGCAUGGCUGUCUCUAGUACGCUAGGCUUAGUUUUCUUGUGUAGUUCUGUUCGAUGAAUGCCGCACUAGACGGCCACGGCGAAAACAAAACUCACGGACGCACACGCAGCUAGCUACGCUACCGACCGGCCGGUGUGACUCACCACGGCACGGAACGUGUGGUUUAUGCGGAUCAAGGAAUUCUAUGGACUCCCUUUUAGCCGAAGCCCUGGAUUGACCACAAGUUCCCAGUUGAAUACAAGGAGGUUUCUGCGUUGAUGUCGACCGAUCGACUGGCGGCUGCUGGCGACUGGUUUCAACCCUCUACGGCACGGGAUGUGAUCAGUACGGUCGAUCGUCUCGAGCGGGCUGUUGGACCGGUGCUCACCGGGCGAGCCUCGGCAGAGCUGGCCGGCCGUGCACGCUUGCUGUGUGCACGGUACGGUGUGUUUCAGCAGUCGCGGUAAUGACGAGUGUGUACGUCUCUAUCACCAAACAAUGUCCACCGAAAAACCGCAAUUUUGCUUUAUGAUUGUACCCCAUCUGGAGACACAUUUCACAUCCUUGAGUACUUUGCAUUUGAUUUUUUUGGUGUUACGAUGCAUGAUAUCAAUUUCUUGUGUUGAUUUGACCCGACUAUUCUUGCAAACAUCGCGGUGGCUUCAUUUAUUGUGGUGUUUCCGUGCCCGUAGUACGUUACCGGGUACUCACGCUCAGUGUACGCCGUGUGUGUUGAGAUUACAACGGCCUAUCGUGUGUUGUGGCGUCUCGGUCGGCGUUCAUGAGAUCGUCCAUUGAAUUCGCCAUUGCCACGACUUGUGUUGGAGGACGGCCAACAACAUUAUACUAAACCUGUCCUUAAAAAGUGGAAUAUAUACCGAGGUGACCGCUUGGAUCUUGGCAAUGUGUCAAAUGGUUGUUAUCUGAAACGGCAGGAAAAUAAGCAGACGUGACUGUUUCCGACUACUGACGAGCUCCGUGGCAGACGUCUGCGAUCCACGCUCACAAGCGAGGCCCUUUUCUAGAUCUUUUGCGUGAAUUAACGUCAAGAUAGAACAUCAUAGAUUGAAACCAAAAGUAUAGGAGGAUUGUGAGUAAUGAGCCGAAGUGCGUACGGUAGUCCUCAGUAAUCGAAGCUGAGAGAUCACCGCUAUUUUUGCGAGUCGAUACUACACGGGAACCUAUAGGCCUACGAAAAAAAAUUGAUAAAAACCAAACGCUGUCGAGCUAAAGCUCAAACUCUGUAACAAGAUUGGAUUCAUUUCCAUAUAGUCAUGGAUGAAGCGACACCUCACGGAUCUCAGUGAACCCCAAAAGGACCGCAGACCUCACACCCCAGUUCACGGGUAAAUGGAAGGCAGGACUGGGCUGCCCGUGUCCGGCACUCCUCCCUUCCCGGCCCCCGUACUGCCGCCCCACGGCACCGUCCCGGCUCCCGCUGUCAGCUGCUCGGACUCCACGGUUCUCAGCCCUGUGUUUGCCGACCUGCCGGGCGGGCCCAACGGGGGAGCCACCCGUACCUCCUCGGCCGUCGCCGCUGCUUCCUCCAUAGCGAGUCCCGGGCAUGCUAACUAUCAAGGCAAGCUGUUCUCUUCCUCGGUGGCUGCAUUAGGCGGAGGAUCAGGUUUCUCGUAUCUGGGCAACUACAUCGGUCCCUCCAGCACUGACUCCUUCAAGCAGUCCAGCGGCGUCGUUGCACAACCGGCGAGCAUGAACCAGUACUGGCUGCCCAACUCUGAAGGGUAUGCAGGAUUCUCCGUCAGUGGUGCUCAUUCCUACCCACCAUACCUCACCGCUCUCAACUCAUUACCCGGCCCAGGAACCCAAGGAUUGCUUGCAGUUUCAGCCACAGCUAAAUCAGAAAGCCAACGUAUCCCGGCAUCCCACCACAUCAGGAGCAGCGACUUAUGGGAAGGCCCGCCGUCUAAGCUCAGCAAGACCUCUCCUCACAUUCUCAAAGAGGCCGCCCUCUCCCCAAAGACACCGACCCAUCCGCCGGCCAAGUCCAGGCACACUUCAGGAAGUGAGGACAGGAAGGCGUCCAAACACGAUUCCAGCCGGAGCAAAAAUAAGGACAGAGUCCUAGACAGCACUUUGGUCGAGGAGAAAAAGGAAUCUGCCGCCAGUAGAUGUAGCAAGACGUCUUCAAAGGAAAAAGGAAAUUGUUGUGAUAGUACACCAAAAACAGAACAGAACUUACAGUCAGACUCCAGACAGGACCUACAGACUAAGAAGUCUGAAAAAUUGUCUGAACCGAAACAAAAAUUCCCCAGCAAUCCGGGUACUCUGACAAUUGAGAUAAACAAUGGAGAGGAGCUGUCAAAUUCAGCUUCAAAGUGUAACGGCGACGCUAGCGUCCUAAGUCCCAAGAAAGAGAGUUCGAAGGGCAACCCAAGCUUACAAGCUUCGAGUCCGAAAUUAAAAGAAUCGAGCUCAGAAAAGCGGAAGAAAGCAAGCAAGCGGAAAGACUUGUCAGUGGACGUGAACGGAAAUGCUGUGCUAUCCAGCAUUCCUUCCGUCGCGGAGAAGAAAAUUGCACCACCGGCAGCUACUAUUGUGUGUAUUAGUGAGAAUUUGACGCCAGUGGCUUCAUUCGCUUCAGAAACACUAAACGCAAGUAAUUCAGCACAUCUGCCAGCAGGUGCAGAAUCUACGAACAAAAAUCAACCAAUUCAAAUGGACGCAUCCACUAAUGGCAAUAACAGGAUGUCAACAAGUGCUGAUACUGUGCCACUGACUGCCAGCCCUCUGUCAUCUAUCACGGUGCCUUCUUCAGAAAAACUCUCCCCUCGUUCACUCCCGGGUAAAGUCUCGAGUCCAGCGUCAGCGCCCCUUUUGUCAACCUCACCGAGAUGCUCCUCUCAUGGAACUGACAGCUCAGCUGCCGUAAGUCCGUCAGGAAAAACCACCGGUGGGGUUAUUUCCGUGCAGACUAGCUCCCCUGGAGUUAUUAUGUCUACUUCUUCGUUAGGAGACUGUACUCAAAGAACCAGUACGUCUGGGGAUUCACCAACAGCAGGAGCUGAUGUCAGAAAGAUAAACUCACCGGUAGAUAUUCCAACAAGUCUGAACUCUUCUGACAUUAGUCAUCCCAAAGCUUGUCCCAUCGGAGCCGGACCAGCAACAUCUAAUGUCCCAACAUCAAGUCCACUUGGAGCUACUUCUUCAGUAGCUAAUCCCUCACUGGCUUAUCCCACAGACGUUAAUCCCAAGGGUGUUAAUGCCACAGGGGUUAAUCCCUCUGGAACGCAUCCUAUAGGAACUAAUCCCAAAGGGACAAUCCCCAUCGCAGCUAAUCCUACACGAGCUAGUCCGACAAGAGCUAGUCCACAAGGGACCUUCUCUUCAGAGGGAAGGACAACUGAAGCUAAUCCUACCGGAGCUAAUCCUACCGGUAGUAAUUCAGCAGGAUUAAGUCCCACUGGGACUAAGCCCACUCGAUCUAGUCCCUUGAUCAUUGGCAGCUUAUCCAGUCCCCACAGUGUGAUUAGCGGUGAUCUGUCUCGCGAGAGCCCGGUUGAGAAGGAGAAAUUGCCAAGCCCGAGAUCGCUGGUCACUACUACAGCUCUCAGCACAUGUGUGACAUCAUCGGUCUCCAAGCCAAUUUCCUUUCCUGCUCACGGAUCCCUGCCCUCCCCUUCCUCCCAGACUCAGCCGUCUUACAUCAGCCAUCUACCCAUCUACCUCCAUGGCACGGGGCAUCUCAGCCUGGAGAGGGAGGUCGGUCGAGAGACCCCACGAGACGGCUCCAAGGUCCAUGCCACCACGUUUGUUCCCGCCCUGGGGGAGUUCAUCCCCGGACCAGCCUCCAGCGCGACCAUGCAAGUCAAGGAAUCGAAAACGAAAACCUCAACCAACGGCAAAGAGAGUAAUCACGGACCGCUUGUUAGCGACAAGGAGAAAGAGAAAGUAUCCUUGAAAAAGGAGCCUGCCAAAGUUGGCACAUCGCUGUCGACAAAGGAGCAGAUAGUGGUUUUGCCCAAAGGAGACGUGGGUACUGAAAGGACAAAAGUAGGAUCUUCACAUCAGGACUGUGGAGCCAAGAUUAAGGAAAGUCUGGACUCCAAAUCAACUCUUACCAAAGCAAAAGGUGAAAAGUCGGAUAAGCAUGAUAAAUUGAAGAAAGGGCACUCGAGCAGUAAACCAUCUCAUGAGAGUCGAGACCAUCAUCUUUCACCAUCAGAGCUCUCUGCCAGUGGGAAGGAUCGGGUGAUGGAGGGCACACACAGGACGCCUAGUGAUUCAAUUCACAGAGAAACGUGCCGGACGUCCGAUGCGGCCAUCAUCAGCACGACGCCGAGCAUGCACAGCUAUCCCCAUCACAUGGCUGGCUUCUCACUGCCGCUCAGUAGCAUGGUACCAUCCUCCAGGGAAGGGAACAAACUGGAAGCCCCACCCACGUUGUACAGCACCGAAGAGCAGCGACGCUACUUGGAGUGGCACAUGGCUGCCGCCAAGCGUGGCUACUGCUACGAGCAUCCAGGAAAUCGAGUCUCCAGCUCGGAGCCCCCAAAGCUGGAUCCAAGCAUGAUGCACAGGACGCCGCAUCAACCCAGCUUCCCUUCACCCCGGACGGACAGCCGACCAGAGCCGAUGCCUGAACACAGCCGGGGGAGGGAUUACCCAUCGUACACAGCUCCGCAGGAGAGUAUGCUACGGUCCGUCUUGACGGCAGGAAUGCAUCAGGCUCACUCUGAGGCGCAGCGAACAUCUCCUGGAAGCAGCAGUAGCGGCAGUGGCACCAGUGGCAAAGCUGCAAAACAAAGCAGCGAGACAAAGACUGAGAACCGCAACAAGUCCGUGAGCCAUGGCAGCAAGACGUCCUCGGACAGCCUUGGAUCUCAGGGCAGGUCGACGCCGGGAACCAAAGGGAGUGACGGUCGUAAUCCUCCCGUCGGGAUAGCCGUGGCUCAGAAGAGACAGGAUUCUGACAGUGUGAGCCAGGGACGGCCAUCCACCAUCACUACACAAAGAAACAGCCCCCAUGUUGGUUCUGAUGAGGCUGAGGACCGAGGGGCUCGAUCCAGGGCCAUACACGGAGUGGACAGAGAUGGCAAACACAGGGAACACUCACCACGGUCUCACAGGGAAGCAACCGAUCUGCUGCCGCCGACGAAGUACCAUCAUCACCGGUACCCGGGGGACCUAGGCUCCAACCUCAUUGUCACAGGUGGCGCCAGUCUAGGCCCCUCCCCUCACCACUUUGACCCCACGGAGGGCCGGAUGACCCCCUCCCACCCAGCCCACCUAGCCCUCCCUCCCCCCUGGCUCCCCAGGGCACCGGGCCCACCCCACGCCCCCUCCCUCUGGCUGGGUCAUCCCUUUGGCUUGACCACGCCCCCCGGCACGGCCCUGCAUGCCGCAGCCGGUGAGGGUGCGUCCAGCCAUCUACAGGUUCCGCCGGCGGGUCUGCAGGUCGCCAGGGAUCCGGCUACUGGGCAUCUGGUCCUCGUGCCUCAGGUGCCGGCCGUGCACUCGGACUCCAGCGUCCCGCCCAACUUGAGCAUGUGGCCGUACCUGGUCCCUCCCCACCUGCAGCCCCACAGCCACCAGCUGCAGCAACUUGUCCUGAACCAGCCCUCCUUUGCCCCACCCUUGCCACACCAGGCCUCCCACCCCUUGACCCACAGGCAGGACCAGCCGCUCCCCAACGCCGACUACCACUUUGCCCUGCAGCAGCACCAGGAGGCCCUGGCCCAGUGGUACCGACAGGAUGAGCAGCGCCAGAGGGAAGAACAGCGCAGACGGGAACAGCAAUCCCGCAAAAGCAGUGGGGGUGGCGGGGAGAAAACUCAAAGUGACAACAAAAGUCACAAAAGUGGUUCGGGCGGAGAGCCAAAGUCAGAAAGUCACACGGAAAAGCAGCCGGCAUCUCACCAUCACGACGUCCUCAAUCUUAAGAUACCGCCCCACGCCCCAUACCUACCUGGUGUGUCGUUACCAGGCCAACCGCCAGUCUCCUACGUCUACCCACCACAACAAGUGCAAUACCUCUACAACCACGCAGGUGUAUUCCCAGCUGUCUCCUGUAGCUCAUCUCCGAGAACUGAAUCUGGAGCCUCGACGGCUUCACCGAAGCAAACCACGACAAAAUCCAGCACCGGCUCGGACGGAAACAAAAACACCAAAUUGGACAGCAGUCUGAAGACUGCUCUGAAGAGCAUAAGCGUCCAGACAUCCCCCUCUGAGACCCCAGCCAGCGUGGAUGACUCCAAUGAGACGAAACCUGCAGCAUCAGAAGAGACGGAGGAGAACGAGGAAAUGGACACCUCUCUGAGGACAGAGGACAGUGAAGAUCAGGAGUUGAUCAUUGUCGACGUUGUCAACGAUGACGCCAGCGACAGCCCGAUGCUGGAGAGUGAGAAAAUCAACCAGGAGAACAAGAACUCUUCUACUCAAGCAAACUCUGAAACAGAACCUGCUGUUGCUGAUACCAAACUGGUCGAAAAGUCAAGGACUAGUGCGAUGAUUGUAGACCCAAGGACUAACAUGUUGAGUUCAGCUGUGCUGUCGUCAACUGAAAUCCAAACUGAUAUGAGCUUGGACCCAGCCAUGACGCAGAAAAUGAUUUCAGAGACGGUAAUACCCAUUACUCCUCUGACUACGCCCCCUUUAGACACCGAGGUCCCUUCGCUUGAAACUCCGCCAGCCCCGAUUCAAGAGGAGCCAGGCAAGGACUCCCUCAUCUCUAACGUUUUGACGACCACGCAGAGCUUUGCAUCCCGGAUGGAGGCUUUGGAUCAGGACCAGCUGGCAGCCAUCGAGGGCAUCGCAUUGUUGAGCGAGGUCGCUGAGCAGAAAGUCUUCUCCGUCUGUAAUGAUAAUGACAAGACCAAUGCUGCGCAGACGUCGCAAACGAGAGAUGAUUCCUAUCUCCUUGAUGCCCGUCACCAGGACAACGGCACUCCUCUCCAGGGCAACACAGCCAGUGCGUUGACCUCUGCCAGCGGCAACACGUUGCAGCUUAUCAGCCAGUCCUGCCCCACGUCGCCCACGGAUUUCAUUUUCAAAAGGAGUACAUCCAGUGAAGGAGUGGACAGUUUCGCCAGCCCGGGGGACAUACUCAACCCCAACGAGGUGGAGAUGACCCAACGACUGGCCGAACUCCAGCGGAAAUAUCAGGAGAAGAAACGGGAGCUGGACAAGCUACAACGCAAGAAAGAUAAAAAGGACAAGGGCUCGAGAAGCCUGGACCAAGACAGGCGACGGGGCCCGGGCCGACCGAGAAAACGCAAAAUCAGUAAAGAGUCCCACCAAGAAAGCGGCCCAUGUCCCAUCAUCAAGUCAUCGACGGCUGUCCUCCUGGAAGCAGCUGCAUCUCUUGAGGAGAGCUCCCCGUUCCUGGUUCCCAAGAAGAAAAAGAAGAAAGACCGGGAGGACAAAGAGAAGGGAAAGACGGAAGACAAGAAGAAGAGCAGCAAGAAGGACAAAGAGGCCAAGGCGGGGCACAGUGAGACAUCCAAAUCCAAGAAGAGAAAGCACAAGUCAAAGGAGGACGUCCAGGACUCGUCACCAACAUCUGAGGACGUUUCCUCCUCAUCGUCAGGAGGCAAAUCGAAAUCCAAGUCCAAAUCGAAAUCCAAGUCCUCGCCUAGUCUGUCUCCUUCUUCCAAGGACACCAACAAACAGAAAGCCUCAUCCAAGUCUAGGAAGGUGUCUCUGACCGACUCUGCAAGCAGCGACUCUCUGGCCAAGUCGGGCAAGUCACCCAAGACAUCGGGAUCGAUCAGGAGUCCCCGCAGUCAGAACAGCUCUACAGAAUUUGAUACAGAUAGCAGCAGCAUCAUCUGGCCGAGCACAUCCACCACUGCCUCCACCUCCUCCAAAAUCCCAGCCACCAAAUCCAAAUCCAAAAGCUCCAAGAAGAAGACCAAGGAGGCCAAGGUCAAAGAUGGCAAGAAGGAUGGGGCUAAAAGUCAGGGGUCAAGCGACCCAGCAGAGGAUGCCACCAUGGAGGCAAUUGAGAACGUCAUCCGCAAGUCUUGUGACGGUCAGGGAAGCAGCGAGAAGGAACCGGCCAGAAGCGGGCCACUGCAGCAUGCAUUGCAUAUAUACGAGGAUGACAGCGACUCACCCUGGGAGACCGCCAUGAUAGACGCCAAGCAGAAGAAGAACUCUGGCCACGCCCAACAGAAGGGUCUAGCCCUCCUGGCUGGCAUCUCAUCCCAGGAACUCAUGAAGAGCGCCAGGCCCUCCAAGGAGAGCAAGACCUCCUCGGGCAAGGAUGCGGGAGAUGGGAAGACGACUGAUGCCGACAAGUCCAAGAAGAAAUCGGGCAAGACCAAGAAACGGAGCAUCUCCCCUGCAACAUCUGAACAAGGAACACCCAAGAAAGCAAGAAAGAUGUCACCAGUAGUUUUUAAGAAGGAGAAGGACUUUGAAUCGCCAAGCAAAUUGCCCAAGUCUACCAAGUCAGUCAAAAAGAAAGAAAAGACCCCCAGCGAGCCAACACCCAGGUCGACCAGCGUCGUCAAACAGGAAAAGAAGGAUCUUGAGGAGAAACCUUUCUUCAAUGAGGAGAUCUGGACCCGAAGACGAAGUGAGAGGAUCUUCCUGAGUGACAUCAGCCCUGGGGCGUCCCGCGAUGCCAGUCCACUGGCCAAAGGUCAUGAUGUUGCCAAGACACCCAAGAAGGUCGGUGGCCCGCCUGCCAAGCCCAAGGGUCAGUCUGAGAGCAGCGGUGGGGAGCAGGGAGCCGGCAGCGACCACAGCAGUACUGCCAACAUUGGGAGUGUCCUAGACGCGCUGAAGACGGACACGCUGCAGAUCCGCAAGAAACUGGCCAGCAUGUCUGCGCAGGAAGAUGAAAAGGAUGAUGUGCCAAGAAAGACUAAGAAGAAACUGUCCAAGAAGCGAGAUCAGGGCAAGAAAUCCAGCAGUAAGCAAGAUGGGAAGACUGACUCUGGAAGGUCCAAACACAAUGAUGACAUUCUGGAUAGCAGCUGCAGUGAGGCUGAAAACCUGCCACUCAGUAAUUUCCUGGAUCGCCAGAAUCCACCACCUCCUCGAUCAUGCAUCAUCAAUAAAGAUGAGCUCCAGAAUGGUUUAAGAGUCCUCAUCCCGAUUGAUGGACUUUUUUAUGCUGGUAAUGUCAAUGCCAUUCAACCGCCUGACGUUUACGGUGUCAUCUUGGAUGGCGAGCGUGGUAGCAGACCUCAUGUCUUCUCACAAGAGCAGAUGCUGCAAGAGACUUUUGUCGAUGUCAAGCCACUCUCAACUCGCUUUGUUCCAGAGGGCACUAGAGUCUGCGCCUACUGGAGCCAACAGUUCCGCUGCCUGUACCCGGGCACCGUUGUGAAGGGCACGCCCAAUCCUAACGAGGACCCAAAUUUUGUCUGUGUGGAGUUUGAUGACGGAGACUCGGGUAGGAUUCCCGUGGAUCACAUCCGGAUGCUCCCGCAAGACUUCCCCAUCGUCGAAUUUGAACCCAUUCCGGCCGAGCUCCAGCGGAAAAGGAGACGUCGCACAUCGGAUACCAGCUGCUCAACUAGUUACAAACUGGAAAAAGGGGACACAGAUGAAGGUACCACUGCCAGCAAAUCCAAGACCAGCUCACCCAAGAAAAAGUCAAAGAUGACCGAAUCCAACAAAUCUGCUGCCGAUCAGCAUGAAAUGGACAGAAUCUCAGAGUCGGGUGAGGAUGAUGUCUUUCUACCACAAACUCAGAAGGUUCAGAGCAAGAGCAAAAAGUCCAAAAGCCACGACAAAUCCAAGAAGUCAUCCAGCAAGGUGGAUUCUAAACUCAAAGAGAAGAAGAAGAAGAAAAAGAGGAAGAGAGAGGAAAGGAGGCAAGAGUCUGGCGAUCGUAAGAGCUCCAAGCGUUCCUCCAGCAAGAGUCCCCGCCGAAGCCCUGCCAGGAGCCCCUCAAGAAGCCCAGGUAAAUCCAAGAAAAAGAAGAGGAAGGAAGACCGCAAGAAGAAGAGCUCGUCCAAGCUUAGUUCCUCCAAUGGCGACUCCUCUCCGAAGUCCAAAUCCUCCAAGAAGAAGUCAUCUUCAUCCAGCAACAAGAGGAAGUCCCACCGCGACGAUCGGCACAGCAGUUUCUGCACGGUGGAGACGGAGACUGUCUACUCCACCCAUCCCAUCAACGGUUCCCAAGUCUUAACUGAGGAGGAAUCUGCUUCUGAGACGCCGACCUUCGACAAUGGGAAAGGAGUCUGGAACAAACACCGGGAUACCAGAGAUCACAGCCUGGAUGAUUGGAGCUCCACAGACAGUAGCAAGGACUCAAGCAGCGACAGUGAUGAAACAAGCUCCGACAGCUUGAGCAGCAAGGACAACACCCCUCUCACACCGAGCCGCAAGAGCCGGUCCAGCAUUCUGCCAUCCACUAGCAAGAUGACAGGUAGCCCUAGCCCUAGCCCUAGCCCCUGUAAUGCAGUAGCCUUUCUGCCUGCUCGACAGCUGUGGAACUGGUUCGGUAAAGCCACCCAGCGCCGUGGGGCUAAAGGAAAGGCUCGCAAAGUCUUCUACCGAGCGAUCAUGCGGGAAAAUGAAAUCAUAAGGCAAGGAGACGCAGCAGUGUUCCUGUCGACAGGGCGCCCCCACCUGCCGUACAUUGGUCGCAUCGAGAGCAUGUGGGAGUCGUGGGGCGGCAACAUGGUGGUGCGCGUCAAGUGGUUCUAUCAUCCGGAGGAGACCAAAGGGGGGAGGAAGUCACAUGAUGGCAAGAUGGCGCUCUACCAAUCCCUCCAUGUGGAUGAGAACGACGUCCAGACUAUAUCUCACAAGUGCGAGGUGCUCUCUGUGGACGAAUACAAACGCUACGCCUCAGGCAAGAAGCACAAGUACACCAUGGAUUCUGAGGACGUGUACUAUCUAGCGGGGACCUAUGAUCCCACCAGCGGCCACAUUACGUCGGUGACUUAGGACAUGGUCGUGUCAUGGGUAGGGAGCUUGUUUUUGACUUUGAGGACUUUAAAUAUCACAUAGCCAUGGUUUACAAAGCAGGGAUUUACAAUCCCACAAGCGGCCAUACCACAUUAAUGACAUUUGGCAAGGGUUUUUCUUUAAAGAAGGGCUUGCCGUGGAUGCUUUGGAGUUUUUUAUUUGGCAGGUAUCUAAAGCCCGUGGAGGGGGACUUGUAGCCCAUGCAAGACCUAUGGCCCAUGCAGGAGGACCUAUAGGUCAUGUGUUGGGACCAUGCUGAGGAGCUAGACCUAUGGCCCAUGCAGGGGGGGGGGGGGGAGGGGCUUAUAGGUCAUGUGGAGAGACCUGUAGCCCAUGUGUAGGGAACUAUGGCCCAUGCAGGGGAACUGUAGCCCAUGUGUAGAGACCUAUGGCCCAUGCAGGGGACCUGUAGCCCUUGUGUAGAGACCUAUGGCCCAAGCAGAGGGACCUAUAGCCCAUGCAGGGCACUUGUAGCCCAUGUGUAGGCACCUAUGGCCCAUGCAAGAGGAGACCUAUGACCCAUGCAGGGGACCUGUAGCUCAUGUGUAGGGAACUAUGGCCCAAGCAGAGGGACCUAUAGCCCAUGCAGGCCACUUGUAGCCCAUGCGUAGGCACCUAUGGCCCAUGCAAGAUGAGACUUAUGACCCAUGCAGGGGAACUGUAGCCCAUGCGUAGGGACCUAUGGCCCAUUUAGGGGGGGGGGAUCUAUAGGCCAUGUGUAGGGAUCUGUGGCCCAUGCUGAGGGACCCAUAGCCCAUGCAGGAGAUUUGUAGCCCACAUGUAGGGACCUAUUUUGUAAGAUGCCUUCUUAUUGGGCUAAAGUAAUGUUAAAAAAGAUUUAAAAUCUGGCUUUGUCACCAAAGGAGAAAUUGAAGUGCAUACAAGCCACGGCAAUAUGGAAAGGUUGAUUUGAGAUUUAUUAACCAAAUUGCAUCCCCGUUUUAUUGUAAAUCAUUUUAUCAAAAUAUUUUUUUUAGAAAUCAGGUACAAGGUACUUCAAACACCUUAAGAUGUGAAUUAUAAAUUUGUCAAAAUUAUAUGGGGAAUAAAUUGUUUUUUUAAGGCGUUUAGUCCUUUGAUAUUUUUAUGAGAUCGACACCACUGUGUUAAUUUUACAAAAUGAUCAAGAGCUGAUCUUGAAUUUAUUGUGGAGAUAUUUUUAUGUAAAGUGCACAAAUUGACGGUUUAAUGGGCAGAUUUAAAUUGUGUUUUACGCAAAAUGUUUUUGAAACUUGCACUUGUUGUUGUACGCUCAUUUUGAGACCAGAUUUUUAGAUCGUACAUGUUUUGAAAUCUUUAUCAUCAAAUUUGACGUAAAAUGUCAUAAUUUUAUAUAAUUUUAAAUAGAUUUUAAGAGCGAGUUUUAAAAGUAAAUUUUACUUUACAUUGGGAUGAGGUUCCACCAGUUUUUUUUCCAAGUUUUUCUCUGUGAUUAAAACAGAGUGCAAAUGAAUGUUAGGUGUUGCAGAAAACCAGACAUUUUGGCCUUCAAAAACCAUUGGACACAAUUUUAUUUGCCGAGAAGAUAAUUAUAAAUCUAUUCAUUUCCUUGUUUAAAAAAAAAAAGGAAUUUUGUUUUUCUAAGGAGGAAAUUAAAUCCUCUUUUUUGUGGCCCUUUCGUUGAAAUAAACGUAUGGAGCCUUUACCAAUAACUAUCUGUAAUUAUACCAAAUGUUAAUAUCAGUGUCUGUAAUUAACAAAAUAUGUACAAAUAGAUGAAUAUUUUCUGGUGUAAAAUGAUUUCAAAAAAGGAGGUUUUGAUCUAUAACUGUAUAUUUAUUUGUACAUAAUGUGGCGGCCUCUGCAUAAUAAGAAGAGACAUGUAAAUACUGUACGUGCUAUACAUUUUGUUGUGUGUAUUAACCCACCUGGUUUCUUGCGAACAGCGAUUAUUUUUUUUCUCCAAUUUUACUGAUCAAUCCAAAUAAAAGUUUGUAUUCAGCCCCAAUAAGGAGGAAAUAAUUGUUUGAAUUGAUAACGAUCAGAGAUAUUCUAUCAGAAAAUUGAUUUUUAAGGUUUAGACAAAGACUUCAAAAUUUUUAUAUAGUUUAACUUUGCUUUGUUUUUCGGGUGUUUUUGCGCCGACUCUACAGGAAAGGUCAAAAUUUGAUUCAAGAUUAUUAUUUUUUUUUUUUGCGUUGAUAACAAGGAAGACAGAAGAUAGUUGGUGGGAUAGAAAGCACAAAAUGAAAAGAACAGUUCCCUUUUACAACUUCCAGCCAUUUUGAGGGGGUUAUGAUAAAUCAUCUUAUGUUAAACUGCCAGAAUGUCGACAAUUGUAGUUCUUGUUCUCACUGCGAACAUGCAUGUAACCACAUGUAACCACAUUAAACAGCUUCUUCAAUUGGCUAGAUUUAAACCAAUCAGCAGAUGUGCUUUACAGGCGGACUCCUGAUUGGUUGAGUGACAUUCAUUUAUGGAUACUGAAGAAAGUUUAUGAUCGUUAAAAAUGAUUUAUUGAAUAGAUUGUAAACCUGUUAAUUCCUUUUGGACGAAUUCCACAAGAAUUUUGUUGGAUUUUGUCAGAUUUUAUAAUUGGUGGUGUGUUUCGCACAGUGUAUUAAUGAUUAUUAAGUAAUAAUUGCUUCAAAUUCAGUUCUUAAAGAAUAUUUUGAUGAGAAGGAUGGUUUCAGUAUUGGCAGCUGAUAUAUACUAGAACAUGUGUUGUGCUCUAUUGGAGUUUAAAAAAAAGAAAAGACAAAAAUUGUAUUUGAGACAAGAAAUCCAUGUGCGUUGCCAUGGCUCCUUGCACCAAAUCAAGAAACAGAACAGAAUCUGUUUUUAUUUUGAAUAAAUGAUUAAAAUCUAUCAA